UAUAUUCAUUCUGCAAUUCCAAGAACUUCCCUCGACUGCGUAAAAAUCAACAUUCAUUUUUUGCAGUGCAUUCUGGAGAUCAUACUAGGUGAAUGAUCACUCGUGCUCAUUCUCCUACAGUUACUUCAUUGUAGAAAAGAAGCAAAGUAGCAGCCGAGCAGAGCGGAGCGAGAAGCACUUUCAAUGUCACUCUCACUCUCGUACGCAUGCGUAAUGGCAUGCACUUCAGAUUUCGCUCAGCUGGCUUCGGCGCGCUCUCUUGCGCUGGUGCUCGUGCUCACUUUCCGUUGCCGUUGUAGCAUCAAUGGAUUGACGUUAUACUGACAUUGAUCAUUUAACUGUUGUUCCCAGUCCGAGCGUCAUCGGGAACGCAUCGCGUCGCGCUUUCGUCGUCGUUUGACUUUAUUUUAGGUCUUCACCUCACUUGCAUCCAAAUCGAGGGAGGGGUGCGUUCAUAAUUGCUGUUUCGUUAUAAUUUUUGGGUUCAUUCUUUUGGUACUCGUAUUUUUAGCUGGUCUCUCGGUCAAUGUACACUUUCGGCCGAGUUUUUUAUGGCGCUCGCCCGAUCGAUGCAGUCGUGCUCGUGUCCGUGUCCGUGCCUGUCGUUGCAUUUCUCGCAUGCGGAAACGUUCUCCGGCCCUCGCGUCGUAUACGCAACGCUGAGUCGCAAUUGCAUUUCUCCGCCUAGCCUCACGUAUGAAUACGCUGCCGCGCCUCGCGCCGUGUCCUUCGGAAUGUGCAUUUUUUCCCGCUGUCUCUACUGUCACUUAAUCGAGCUAACGGUAAAGGCACGUUCGUCUCGAAAUUUUGAGGCUAGCCGAGAAUGUGCAAAACUUGUGGAGGGAGGAAUGUGGUCGAAUAGUUUGGCCUUUGGCUAAAAAGCCGCCAGAAAACGCCACCGGCACUUGCGCACCAUGUCAACGAUCUCCAAGCAGCCUACAUGCUUGGGCAUACCUGGGCACGCACCCCGCCUGUCUCCCCCCAUCAUCAUUUGCCGUUGCCCAACAGCCGAAAUUUAAGAAUACGAAUUCCAAAACUGGUUCUCGUUCUAAUACUCGUAGAGAUAGCCAUCGCCGGUGCCGAAUCUGAUUCCGAUAUUCGUGCAGUCUAGACGAGCAUUGGCUUGGUCCUUCCUUGGCAACAAGAAAUGAAAAGGGAAUGUCGCUUCGUAUUCCGAGAAGGGGAAGCAUCAGAGGUUCAGUUCAGGAAUGGGGACUGGGACUGCGACCUGGAAGGGACAGAGCAGAGCAGAGAAGAGAAGACCCAAGCGUGUGAGCUAGUGUUUUUGUUUUGAUGCUGAUGGCCUGUUCUUUGAACUGAGGGCGAAAGUGGUGCGUCACGUCAUCUUCAGUGUCGUGUCUGACUUUGCCGGCGGCUUUGGCUUUGGCUUCGGCUUCGCCUUCUUCGCAGAGAUUGUCGUUCACCUUUGCUAUCUUCCUUUUUUCCUUUUGUGUGGCAUGCGAAGAAGGGUUUCUCAGUGCACAUGAGUUCAAAAAACUUUGGCAUUUCCUUAGGAAACGAUCGUGUUUCAAAUUAGAAACCCUUUCCAGGGAUCGCAACCGAUGGUGGGGGCUAUUAAAUACUCUUUCACAAACAAAUCCACAAAUAUGGUCAACUGGGGCCUGAGUGUGGGGAGUCACUCUGAGUCAGCACGAAUACUACGAUUGGUUGAGUCAUGACUAAUGCCGAAUUUAUUAGCAUAGCAACAUAAAUGAAUAGGCCUCCAGCACAGCCUCAGUGACAUUCUUCAUUUGAAAGCGAAACGGAUAAAUACAGUGCUUUUUGUUCCCGCUAGGGACCGCAAUAAACCCUGUAGCGCCACCUGUUCGGGCUGCAGCUGUAAACACAAUCAGCUGUUUGCCUCAUAAUAAAUAAUUUUUGUACAAAAUGUUAGCCGUAAGAAAAACACGAGUUUUCGGCAACCUAAGCUGGUCCCGUUGGAGGAGCGAUGCAGCGAAAGCCACCACAGAUUCCGCCUCAACAUUGGGAGAUGCAAAUAAACGCCAGCAGCUCCUCAACGAGCUGGCAGAGCCAAUGGACCAAAAACGCCGGCCGGCCAUCGAUCCCAAGGAGACAAGUGUGAUGCUGUUCCCUGGCCAGGGAACCCAGUAUGUGGGCAUGGCCAAGGAUCUGUUGCGGUUUCCGGGUGCACGGCAUAUAUUUGAAUUGGCCAACCAAGUGCUGAACUAUGAUCUGCUGAAGAUCUGCUUGGAGGGACCACGUGAGAAGCUGAAUCGCACGGAGCAUGCACAGCUGGCUGUGAUGGUGUCUUCACUGGCAGCGCUGGAGCAGCUGCGCGAAGAGCGACCCCAUGCCAUUGAGAACUGCGUAGCAGCUGCUGGCUUCAGUCUGGGCGAGAUCACUGCCCUGGUCUACGCCGGAGCGAUGCCUUUUGAUAAGGCCGUGAAGCUUGUCCAAGUGCGGGCCACAGCAAUGCAGGCUGCCUGUGAUCGGGCAGCGGGAGCCAUGGCCAUGAUCUUGUAUGGACCGGAUACGAAUCUGGGCGAAGCCUGCGCCAAGGCCCAACAAUGGUGUCUGGACCGAGGAGUGGAGUCGCCCUACUGCGGCAUAGCCAACUACAUGUACCCGCACUGCAAGGUCGUCGCCGGCAAUGUGGAGGCUCUGGAGUUUCUCGAAAAGAAUGCCAAGGCUCUGAAGAUACGUCGCAUGAAGCGCCUGGCUGUCAGCGGUGCAUUCCACACUCCUCUCAUGCAGACCGCUGUCGAACCGUUCACCAAGGCGCUUAAGUCGCUGAGUCUGCAGGAUCCCAUCAUCCGAGUCUACUCGAAUGUGGACGGCAAGCCAUACCGGAAUGCCAGGAACAUUCUAGUCCAGCUGCCAAAGCAAAUCGUCCGGCCCGUUAAGUGGGAGCAGACACUCCACGAGAUGUACGAACGGAAGCAGGGCGCCGACUUUCCGCGCACCUUCGAGUGUGGUCCCGGCAAAGGUCUGCUCCAGGUGCUUGAGAAAGUCAAUGCCAAGGCCGCACAGUCCUGCCUAAAUGUUUCAGCAUAAAUAAGAUUCGAAUCAUCUUUUUAUAAAAAUGUAUUUUCUUUGCUAGCGGAAACAGAAAAAAAAAGUUUAAAUAGA